AUGUCCAACGUUUCUCCCCAAAUUUUCAAAAUGGCGAACCUCGCAGCAGGCUCGCUGGCAAGUUUGUCUGCAUUGAGCCAAAUGUCAUAUUUGUUCAGCAAUUUUCCUGCAUUUUUGAUGGCACUCUACGCCUUAGGGUUGUCGAUCCCAAUCGUGUAUCUGGAAUUUAGAGUGCCACCAAAUCUGUACCGAUUCGCUUCGUUCUAUUUUAGCUUUAUCGGCAGAGGUGUCUGUCUGAUUCUGCUGUCUCUGCUGCUGAGCUUUGGGGGCGCCCUUAAGAUAUUUUUAUCGCUACUUCUGUUCAUCGGGGGCGUCGCAUACACCAUUGUGGAAUUCGUACCUAGCGUGCAGGAACCUGACAACUUUAGGCCCGAAGGCAGCUCCAUAGCAGUUGGUGAAGAUGCAGAUGACAUCAUUUGA